AAUUUCCUCACUCGUCGCUCUCUCUCUCUCUCUGAAGCCUUCAAACCGGAAAGCGAGAAAAAAGAGAACCGAGGGCAAAAAAGGGAAUUUCAUCUCUCGCCAUCGAUCCGCCGUCAGUUCUCAUCUGCCUCUGCCGUUGGAUCCAUGAAGCGCGCGAGCGGAGCUAGAGUUUCGCGGGCGGAGCGGGGCGUUCCGUUGAGAUUCCAGCUUGUUGCCAUUGGGAGAUGAGCCUUUCGAUUCCAGCCGUGCGAUCUAGGGUUUGUGUAAUAGACGGUCGAGAUUUCGUUUCCGAAUGGAGGGGAGUGGCAGCGAACUAGGAUUUCUUCUCUCGCGGGAAUACACCCAUGGAUUAUGAUGAGAAUGACUUUCAAAGCCAGAAUUUCCAGCUAGUAGGCGACGAGAACAAAUUUCCUCCAAGCUUAAGAUCAUUUGCCCUACCGAAAUUUGAUUUUGACGAACAUCUUCAGGUCCAUCUCAGGUUUGAUAGUAUAGCUGACACAGACGUGUUACUUGGCAUACAAGGUCAAGACAACAAUUGGAUUGAGGACUUUUCAUCUGGAACCAGCGCAUUAGAAUUCAGUUCAAGUGCUGCUGAUAAUUGCUCAAUUACUAGGCAUAACAAUGUCUGGUCUGAGGCUACUUCAUCUGAAUCUGUUGAAAUGUUACUGAGAUCUGUUGGAGAAGAUGAGAUGAAUGACAAAAAAGUUACACCCAUGGAGGCGGAUGCUCAAAACGUAAUGAGUGGCAGGGAUUCUGCUUCAAGAAAAGUUGAUGAUGAGAAGAUGACGAGGGACAUCAUACUAGAUGAUCCUUCAGUGCCACCUGGUAAUUUUCAGAUAAACUUAUUAGGGCAUGGUGAUGCAAAUGCGGCUCAGUCUGAGGUUCAAGGUGUGUGUCAACUUUUCAGCAAUGAAAUAUCCGGUGUAGCACUGGAUGCAAGUUCUGUAGGCAAGCAGUUUCACUCUGAUAAAAACGUUGGCUCUGAGCAGUGCAAAAUAGGUGACAAUGUAUCUUUGCCAUCAGAUUUGCACCCAGAUGAUGCUCAGAAUAGGAGAAACCAGAUGUUAAGAGAUGCCAAAGGGAAUGAGCAGUUGCUGCAGAGCCAUGAAGUUGAAACUCAUUUUUGUAGUAGAGAGAAUACAUCCUUCCUGGAGCCAACUAAGAAUCCUUUUGUGUUGAUGAAUGAAAAUGUGACUGGAUUUUCUGAAAAGCCUGAUGGGUUGCUAGAAGCUAUUACUUACCAAGCACAGGCUUUGAGCAAUGAAAAUAAGGCAGGUGCUAGAAGUUCGAUGCAGGUGCAUGAGAUUCAUUCACUAGAAACUGAAAGAGAGAGAAUUAUGGAUUCAGAUUAUGUUGAUAUCAGCAAGGAAGAUGUUCCAAAGAAGCUAACCGAUUAUAAUGACAAAGUGAUAGGAAAUACCGUGGAAACAGCAGUGGAGGGAAAUGUUUUAGCUGUAAUGGAUUCUGAAAUGCAAAGGAUUGAACAAAAAGACGAAAGUAGCAGAAAAUUUAAUAAUCUACGUUCCCAGACUUCGGAUCCAGGUUUUCUGGAGAAGAGUGUUGAACCUAAAAUUAUGGGAGAUGUUGAGGAAUCCGGUUCUAAAUUGAUUGCAUCAGAAAAUGUUAUGUUAGAUCAAUCUCCUUUGUCAGCUGUACUUAAUAAUGAUGAGGCUGAGAUCUCAUCUUCUGUUCCUAAAAAAGUACAUAGGGCAGAUGAGUCAUCUGAUGUUCGAUCAUAUUCUCCUGAGCCAUCAAAUAGUCCUGGUACAAAUAAUCCAAACAAUGGUGAUACGAGGAAACUGGAAACUGCCAUAUCUUCUGCAUUAAGUUCUGAUGGUGUGGGAGUUGCGAGUGUCUCUAAAGACAAAAGUUUAAUACAUGAGGGGUCAGCGGCCUCUGAUCUUGGCUUGAUGGGUGUUGGACAAUCUUUCCUUGAUGGCGGUGAGUCCCAAGAACAGAAACAAAUGUCUCCUCCGAAGUUACAUCAACAAGUUUCCAUCUAUUCAGACGUGAAAGAAGCGGAAAUAACUGGAACCUCAUCUGCUUCUCUUUUGAAAAAUAAGUCAGAUGCCCCACUAGGGGUUGAGCCAGUUAUACCAUCUGAUUCAGUUGUCUCCCAUAGCUCACCACCUAAAGGAAUAGCCCAGGAUGUGCCAGUACUGCCCGGUGGCAAACUUACUGUCCUUGACAAAAGAGUUGACUUUCACCAGUCACAACAUACCUCUACUACAGAUGUUCCAGAACGGAAAGAGGGACCAGCACCGAGUCAAAUUUCAUCAGAGUUCAUAAGAUCUGAUGAAAAGAAAGCUAAAAUUUCUGCAAGCUCUAGUAUAACAAAAUCAGAGGCUAAAGUUUCUGUAAGCUCUAGUUUAGCAAAAUCAGAGGGCAACAUCAAUGAUAGGCCAUUUGUGCAUUCGGAUAUUGGGGAAAGUAGUCCUCUAAGUAAUAGGACAAAACCAAAAACUACUCUGGUGGAGCACACUUCGUCUUGUGUGGAAGACUCUGUUGUAGCCAAUAGUGAGCUUCCGUCUUUAGCAGAUAAACCAAUCACACAUGAGGAAGCUACAGCAGUUGGAGGGAACCUUGUUACUCAACAUUCUUCUUUAAAAGGAAAGGAUAACCCUGAUAAAUCAGAAGCCUCAUCUCAUGAAAACAAGGAGAUGAUGUUUGGAGUUUCUGCAGAGUUGAACCAUGGUGAGGGACAGCCGCUGCGAGAAACUCUUCUGUCUGCUACUCCUGUAAAUUCUGGGUUGGAUGCAUCUACUCUGAUGCCCGGAACCAAUGCAGAAGCCCAGAUGGCAGCUGAAACUGGCAAACCAAGUUUACCAGAGUCAAGCUGUGGUUCACCCACGGUUAUCGGCUGCAGUGGACACUCUCAAGAAGAACCAGAGGGUAGGAGAGCCCUAACAAUUAGUCAUGAUUCAAAGGAGAGUACAGCAUCUGAUGAUGACAGAAGCUUCACAUUUAAGGUUGGAAGAGUAGAAGAGCCGUCUGAAAAAGAGGCAGGCAGUCAAUGGAAACCUUUCCCCAGUCCUGUACAGUCUUCUGAACCAUCUCAGAUUUCAAAAGAAACUAGGGGAUGCCAUUCAGAAUCGGUAGAGGGGAAACAUCAGAGCAUGAUGACAAAAGCAGCUUCUGGGGAUAGAACAAAUCAUGCAAAAGGACCGUCCAGUGAAAAAGUAACCACACGAAAGGGCAGGGUGGCCAAAGGGACAGUAACACGUAGGAAGUCUACAGAUAGUGUUGAAAAAUUAUCUUCUACUUAUUCAACAUGUGGUGGGACUGUAAGUAGUGGCAUUCAGUUGGAAGAAAUACAACCGUGUAUGUAUGCUGAGAGUAAUCACGUGAAAACAUCUGGUUCGCCAAUUGUCCAGUCAUCUAGCCUGCCUGAUUUGAACUCUUCCACUUCUGUCAUAACAUUGUUUCACCAACCUUUCACUGAUUCACAACAAGUACAAUUGCGUGCACAAAUAUUUGUUUAUGGAUCCCUAAUUCAAGCUAUCCCACCAGACGAGGCUUGCAUGCAAUCAGCCUUUGGAGACACUGCAGAUGGUGGAAGGAGUGCAUGGGAGAGUGUGUGGCGCAAGUCAGUUGACAGACAACAGAAUCAGAAGUCACCUUUUAACUCUGGGACUCCUCUGCAUUCUCAUUCGGCUGUGCAAAAGACUGAACAAGCAACAAAAUGCAGCUCGCUCCAAGGUAAAGGUGUGAGCACUACUAGUAGAAGUGUUAGCAAAGCUAUAGCCCCAGGAGUUCUAAAUUCCACACCACCUUUGCCAUCACCCCUGUGGAGCGUCUCAAAUCAUGAUGCAUCACCCUCUAAUUUGCCAAGAUGUGCCCAACUCGACUUCAAUCAGCCUCUGUCUCCAUUGGAUUCUUAUCCAUCUUCACAAAAGAGGAAGUUAAGUAGCAGUAUGCCACGACUGCCUCACAAUGAUCAUCCGGGGCCGUGGGCUGUCUCUGCCCAAAGUCCAACCCUUAAUGCUGCUAUCCAAUAUUCAACAGUACCAGUUGUUGAAACUGUUCAAGCAACACCAGUGAAAGAUAUGUCCAUGCCACAUGGUGCUAGCGUCCAACUUGUGCCCCCAAGUCCGUUGAUGCCUGCUCCAAGUACUGCAAGUGCUUCUCCAGGGGCACUAGUACAUCUAGAAACACACAAGAAGACCGUGAGCGCUGGUAAUAGUAAGAAUGCAUCUAGUGUCCAGAAAUCUAGAAAGAAGAAGAAGGCAGCAGCUACUGAGGAUUUUACACAAAACAUUCCAUUUUCUCAAUCUUAUACAGAACCUGCUUCUUUCAGUUCAGAUCCAAAAACUCUACCUUCUACACCACCAGGCCUGCCAUUAUCUUCUGCAAAACCUGCUUCUGAUGCUUUUGUUCCUAAAACUUUAUCAUCUGUUCCAGGCUUGCCAUCUUACACACCCUCAAAGUUUGCUUCUCAGCACAUCAUUUCGGCUAACACCAAUAUCUCUCCUACUCAGUAUCAGGUAUUAGGGAGUGACAAUACUGAUCAGAGGGUUAUCUUUUCAGCAGAGACAUGCAAUAAAUUCGAGCAGGCUAAGCUGCAGGCUGAAGAUGCUGCUGCAGUUGCCGCUUCAGUGGUCAGUCACAGCCAAUCCAUAUGGAACCAAUUAUCUAUUCAGAGUAACUCAGGGCUGGUUAAAGAAGUCGAAGAGAAACUUGCUUCUGCAGCAGUUGCAGCUGCUGCAGCUGUAUCUGUUGCAAAGGCAGCUGCAAUGGCUGCUAAGGUUGCGUCUGAUGCUGCUCUACAGGCAAAGAUGCUAGCAGAUGAAGCUCUAGAUUCAGCUAAUACAGAGGGCCUUGCACAAAAUUCGGAAGUUGUCUUUGAUGGUGGGAAGAGUUUGGCAAGGCUAACUCCUGGAUCAAUUCUGAAGGGAAAGGACAAAACAUAUGGUUCUAGUUCAAUUAUUUCUGCUGCCCGUGAGGCUACUAGACGCAGGGUCGAAGCAGCUUCUGCUGCCACGAAACGAGCAGAGAAUUUAGAUGCUAUCAUGAAGGCUGCAGAACUGGCUGCAGAAGCUGUAUCCCAGGUAGGGACAAUCAUAGCAAUGGGGGAUCCAUUGCCUUUUAAAUUAAGUGAAUUGGUAGAAGCUGGUCCUGAGGGUUGCUUGAAAGCUCACCGACUCACCUCUACAAAGCUUAAGAAAGCAAGCAAACUGUCUGGGGAGGAGCACAAGGACUUGGAUCACAGGGAUAACGAUUCUGACCAGACACCUUGUAACAAUAGAGAAUUGCAGAGAGCUUCCGUGGAAGCUGGGAUAUUUCAUGAUGAGCAGUCCAUUCAUUCUGGAGAAGAUCGGCAAGGCUUGGAAACUGGAGGAGUUCCAUCAAACAUUCCAAAUGAUAGCCAUGAAAGAUGUCAUUCACUGAGCAAACGGAAAGAAAAUGCUAUACAGAAGGGUUCAGUUGUUGAGGUUAUGCCUGACGAGGAAGGUCUUAAAGGAGGAUGGUUUUCUGCGCGUGUUCUUGAUGUGAAAGAUAACAAAGCUCAUGUUUGCUACAACAAUCUUCUUUCUGAUGAUGGGUCUGAUCAGCUUAAGGAAUGGCUAUCACUCAGCAGUGAGAGCAGUGGAGUUCCUAAAAUUCGAAUCGCCCACCCGAUGAUCGCAACAAAAUAUGACAGAACAAAGAAGCGUCGGAGGGAGGCUGUAGGUAAUUAUGUGUGGGCUGUUGGUGAUCGAGUGGAUGCACAUAUGCGCGAUGGAUGGUGGGAAGGGAUUGUCACUGAAAAGAGCCAAGUAGACGAAACAAAGCUUACGGUGUACUUUCCAGCGGGGGGUGAUUCUUCACUUGUUCGAGCAUGGGAUCUUCGGCCAUCACUUACCUGGAAGGAUGGUCAAUGGAUAGAGUGGUCUCGUGCAAAAGAAGAUAUGCUUCGCCCCUAUGAGGGUGAUACUCCCCAAGAGAAACGACGAAAGUUGGUCGGACUGGGACCCAAGGCUGACACAGAACUCUAUGGCAGUGGUAUAGAUAAGCAAUCCAGUAGAAUGCCUCUGGAGACUUCAGGGAAAGCAGUGGAGUCAGGACCACUUAAUUUAUCUGCAAAGGAUGCAAUAUUUUCUGUGGGAAAGAAUGUGAGUGAGGCAAAUAUUUCUGAUGCACCGAAAAUGAAGCAUUCUGGCCUGCAGAAAGAAGGAUCCAGGGUUGUGAUUGGUGUUCCUAAACCUGGCAAGAAAAGGAAAUUUAUGGAAGUAAGCAAACAUUAUAUGUCUGAUAAGACCGUCAAGACGAGUCAAGGGAAUGAUUCCCUUAAGUUUGCUAAAUAUUUAAUGCCUCAAGCAUCCCGCCCGUGGAGAAAUACUUCUAAGGUGGAUUCGAAAGGAAACCAGGCUGGAAACUCCAAGUCUCUAGGGGUUAGAUCUGUAAAAUCUCAAGCUACUCAAACUAGGAGUACAAUUGAAAAGGAGUAUCCUUCACUUACCACUGUAUCUGCUUCAAAUAGUGAAAAAAAUAGUCACGGUUCUUUGUCAAAUACAAGAGCUGGUUUUAGCAAAGAAAAUGUUAUAGAAAAGAAUUCCAUAGAAGCUGUCAGCCUUCCAACUACAGAGAGCUUGGUUUCAGUGUCCUCUGUUCAGUCUAGGCCUACUAUUCCUGCGUCCAGGAAGAAGUCUUCUUCGGCUGUUGAAGCAGGGCGAGGGGUGAAAGGAAGGGUUACUCCCUCUUUAGAUAAGUCUACCAGAAUUGAAAAGAAGCCCUCAGAAACUCAUGAAAAAGCAAUCCCGGGUGCCAUUGAACCACGGAGAUCUAAUCGUAAAAUUCAACCAACUUCAAGGCUAUUAGAAGGAUUGCAAAGUUCCUUGCUCAUUUCAAAAAUUCCCACUUUUUCACAUGACAAGGGUUCUAAGGCCCUGCAUAGAAGUUCAUCUUCAAGGGGGCCUACUCGUGGUUGAUUGGAGCUCACCUAUCCUGAUGCAGCUUAAUCUUAUGGAGUUCUGUAUAACAGAGUACAAGAUUCAUCAAACUAGGAUUUUGUAUAUAAAAUACAGUUUUAGGCUUUUUACGGCUUGAAACUUAGAAGCUUGAUCUCUUAUUGUGAGUUGUAAGAUGUUCGGUUUCUAAUAAUCUUAUAUUCUUGAUUUCUAUUUCUUCUGCUUUAACUCUGUAAGACGGAACUUAAAAGAUUGAUCUCUUAUCGUCAGCUGU